UUUAUCCAGAAAGGGAACAACGUACUGAUCUUUGUCUUGCAUGCGGUUUGAAAAUAUAAAGUAACCUACCGUGUCAAAACGGCACACGUCCCUGAAUUCCCAUGAAAAAUCACUGGAAAAAUGCAAAGUUUGAGUUAGAAUCAGACAAGGUAUUUCAAAACCGUGGUUAGGUCAGGCUACGCGAUAAGUGUGUGAUGAAAGGAAAGCUUAACAGGAAGAGAUGUUGAUCAAGAGAUUCAACACCCUGAUUCUGCUAUCAUAUUUACUAGCCUUGAGUUGGAUUGGAACACAUAAAGUUGAGGCUGCCACGCUGCCUGAAGAUGAGGUGACAGUGCUGAAUCAAAUAGCCAGAACAAUGGGAGCUAUAAACUGGAAUUUUGAUGGAAAUGUUUGCCAAGAGAAUGACACAGCCACUGUAGAUAUAGGGUUUGUCCCUGAGAGAAAUGUUACUUGCCACUGCGAGAAUGAUACCUGCCAUGUCACACAUUUGAUAUUUAAGCGUCAGAACCUUCCUGGUGAACUUCCAUCAGAGCUAGUAAAUCUUCCUAACCUCAAAGAGAUUGAUUUUGCUUAUAACUACCUCAAUGGUUCCAUACCAACUGAAUGGGGUUCAAUGCAGUUGGAGAAAAUCUCUGUCUUCGGAAACCGAUUAUUCGGAUCAAUUCCAAGCUCUCUGGGGAACAUUAGCACCCUUAAGUACUUGGACCUUGAAGUAAACAAUAUUUCAGGACAAGUCCCACAGGAGCUCAGGCAGUUGGUGAACUUGGAAACUUUAAGAUUGUCAUCUAAUAGAUUGAGUGGAAAUUUGCCAUCAGAACUUGCGGAUCUAAGGAACUUGAGGGACUUUCGGAUAAAUGACAACAACUUCAAUGGCAGUGUACCAGAUUUCUUUCAGAACUGGAAUAACCUUACAAGACUGGAAAUUCAAGGUAGUGGACUUGAAGGACCUAUUCCAUCAUCCAUUUCUGCUUUGGAAAACUUGACAAUUUUGAUAAUAAGUGAUAUAAAUGGAGCAAACCAGCCAUUUCCUGAUGUGAGAAAGAUGACACGCAUCAAGCGAAUAAUUUUAAAGAAAUGCAGCAUUUCUGGGGAGAUCCCUGAAUAUGUUUGGAAAAUGACUGCACUGCGUGUUCUGGAUCUCAGUUUUAACAGUAUAAAUGGAGAACUUGAAGGUGUCAUACCCCCUGGAGAAUUAAAAUUCCUCUUUCUAACUGGAAACAAUCUCACUGGAAAUAUACCACAAUCAAUCUUGAAGACAGGAACAACUGUGGAUCUUUCUUACAAUAGUUUCGCAUGGCAAAGCCCUCAACAGCCUGCUUGUCAGCCACUGAGUAAUGUCAAUCUGUUCCACAGUUCCUCAUCAAGUAAUCUGGAAGAAGUUUUUCAAUGCGAGAAUGAUUUCAAAUGUGAGGAAUAUUCACACUCUUUGUACGUAAACUGUGGUGGCGAUGAUGUGUCAAUAAAUGGCAAAACUUAUAUAGGAGAUAGAACGUUUGGAUCUGGUGGUGCUGCAACAUUAUAUCGGAAUGGUGAUAACUGGGGAUUUAGUAACACCGGAGAUUUUAGAGACGAUGAUGAUGAAGUGAACUCACAAUUACGCUUUACUAAAGCUGUCCAGUCAACAAACCUCUCUGAAUUAUACACUACAGCACGACUGUCUCCGUUAUCGCUUACUUAUUAUCACUAUUGUUUGGAGAAUGGGAACUAUAAUGUGACGCUACAUUUUGCUGAGAUUCAAUUCUCAAACAACGAAACCUAUGCAAGCCUUGGAAGGCGAUUAUUUGAUAUCUAUAUUCAGGAUGAGGUUAAAGAGCAAGAUUUCGAUAUAGAAGCUGAAGCUAAAGCAGCUCUUGUCCCAUUUGCAAAAUCAUAUAAUGUUAGUGUAACAAAUGGUAGACUAGAGAUCCGUUUCUACUGGGGAGGCAAAGGAACUCAAGCAAUCCCUGACAGAGGAACCCAUGGCCCGCUCAUUUCAGCAAUCUCCUUGGAAAAUCCAGCUUUCGAUCAGUCAAAGAAGAAGAACAAUGUUGUGCCAAUCGUUGUCGGUAUCGUAGGAGCUUUUCUCGUGGUCUUUGCAUCAGGUAUCCUUUUGUGGAGAUACCAUUUCAAAGCCAAGAACCAGCGAGAAAAAGAUCCUGAAGGACUAGAUGUUCAAAUCAUUUCUUUCACUUUAAAGCAAAUUAAGGUUGCCACCAAUAACUUUGAUUCUGCAAACAAGAUUGGAGAAGGUGGAUUUGGACCUGUUUACAAGGGUCAGCUUGCUGAUGGAACCGUAAUUGCAGUGAAACAGCUAUCUUCAAAAUCAACUCAGGGAAAUCGCGAAUUCAUGAACGAGAUCGGUAUGGUAUCGUGUUCACAACAUCCGAAUCUUGUCAAGCUUUAUGGAUCCUGCAUUGAAGGGAAUCAAUUGUUGCUUGUAUAUGAGUACCUGGAAAAUAAUUGCCUUUCUCGGGCUUUGUUCGGCCCUGAAAAUAGUAAAAUCAACCUGGAGUGGCCAACCAGGCACAAGAUCUGUACUGGGAUAGCCAAGGGUCUAGCAUUUCUCCAUGAAGAGUCUAGACUCAAAAUUAUUCAUAGAGACAUCAAAGGCACCAAUGUUCUUCUUGAUAGAGACCUCAAUCCUAAAAUAUCCGACUUCGGAUUGGCGAAGCUUCACGAGGAAGAAAAAACCCACAUCAGCACACGAGUUGCCGGAACAAUAGGAUAUAUUGCACCAGAGUAUGCACUGUGGGGGUAUUUGACAUACAAGGCAGAUGUUUACAGUUUUGGAAUUCUUGCAUUGGAAAUUGCCAGUGGGAAGCACAAUAUGAGUUAUGGACCAGAGAAUAAAUAUACUUGCCUUCUUGAUUGGGCCAGUAAUUUACAGCAAAACGGGAAGCUAUUAGAGUUGGUGGAUGAAGAGCUGCGAGGUGAAUAUAACAAGGUAGAAGCAGAAGGGAUGAUUAAAAUAGGACUUCAAUGUACAAAUGGAUCGCCUUCGUUAAGACCAACUAUGUCGGAAGUAGUAAGCAUGCUAGAAGGAAGGAGUGGCAUCCCGGAAAUGGUCCCCGAUCCUGGUAGUUACAAUCAAGAUUUGAGGUUUAAAGCCAUUAGAGACCAUCAUAAGUCUAUGAACAAUAAUAAUAGUAAGUGGAGCAGCAGCUCAGCAUCUGGUAAUGAGAUUGAGGAGUCCUACUUAAGGUUCAAAGCAAUGGAAAGCCAGACAUCAAUGUCAGCUGCAUCGUGGACCGCCUCUUCCACAAUGUCUGUAUAGCAGCAUUCAUAGUUGGAUUUAUUAAUCUUCUUGUAUGUACAGCCUAUACUAUUGACUCAUGAUUGUGAGGUUCCAUUGAAACAUGGUGUGAGGUAAGGUGGGAUGUUUUUUUAUUUAUUUUGUACAAAUUGAAGAACCUCACAAGAUGGUAGUUGAUUAGAGUCAUCAAACUCAUAUGUAAUGUUCCUGAAAUUGAUGGUCUCUUACGGAAA